CUCCCAAUCUCUUCCCCCUAAAACCUCUCCCCGCCACAACCUCCCCUCCUCCCCCAUUUCCUCUCCUCUCCUCCCCGUCCUCUCAUUCUUACUUCCCACUUUUCCCAAAACGGAACCGAUCUGCUUCCCCUCUGACCGCCCCGCACCCCUCUAAACUCGAGAGGAAGCGGAUCCAUUCGUUAAGAUAAAGGUCGAAGAAUUAAAGACCCUCCCGAAAUCCAAAUAGAAGGAGAAGGAAGGAAAAGAACUGAGUGUUCGAGAGGAUGGCGAGCCAUCUCCAGCGCCGGGUCCAUUCCUUCUCCUCGGCCCUCCUGGCGGCGGUGCUCGCGGUGGCGGUGGCCCUGUCCUUCGCGGCGCCGUCGGCCGCGAAGCUGACGCCCAAGUACUACCAGAAGACGUGCCCCCGGGCGGCGGAGAUCGUGACGCAGGUGGUGACCAGCAAGCAGAUCGCCAACCCGACCACCGCCGCCGGCACCCUCCGGCUCUUCUUCCACGACUGCUUCGUCGGGGGCUGCGACGCCUCCGUCCUCAUCUCCACCAACGCCUUCAACCGCGCCGAGCGCGACGCCGACAUCAACCUCUCCCUCCCCGGCGACGGCUUCGACGUCGUGGUCCGCGCCAAGACCCAGCUCGAGAUCGAGUGCCCCGGCAUCGUCUCCUGCUCCGACGUCCUCGCCCUCGCCACCCGCGACCUCGUCACCAUGCUCGGCGGGCCCUUCUACCCCGUCCUCCUCGGCCGUAAGGACGCCCUCGCCUCCAAGGCCGACACCGUCGAGGGCAACCUCCCCCGCCCCAACGUGACCGCCUCCCAGAUGAUCUCCAUCUUCGCCGCCAAGGGCUUCACCGUCCAGGAGAUGGUCGCCCUCUCCGGCGCCCACACCGUCGGCUUCUCUCACUGCAAGGAGUUCGCCCACCGGAUCUACAACCACAACAAUCGCGGCCAGAAUGCCUUCGACCCCUCGAUGAACCCCAAGCUCGCGGAGGCGCUGCAGAAGGCCUGCGCCAACUACCUCAAGGACGAGACCAUCGCCACCUUCAACGACAUCAUGACGCCGGGCAAGUUCGACAACAUGUACUUCAAGAACCUGGCCAGGGGCCUGGGGCUCCUGGCGUCCGACCAGAUCCUGAUGUCGGACCCGAGAACGAGGCCCUUCGUCGAGCUCUACGCCGCCAACAACACCGCCUUCUUCAACGACUUCGCGCGCGCCAUGGAGAAGCUCAGCGUGCACGGGGUGAAGACCGGGAGGGAGGGGGAGGUCCGGCGGAGGUGCGACACCUUCAACAAUUGAUUGAUCUGAAAUGAGAUGUCCUUCUGCUCCUUUGAUACUUGCUGCCGUUUUGUCUGGAUUGGAAUAGAUUAAUUAAUGCUCGAGGAGAUUUGAGCGGGAAGGCAUUUUGGCUUUGAAGUUGACACAAGGGAUAUGAUGAGAAUCGGAGAGAUCACAAUUAUUUUUAUUUCUGAUGAAGUUGUUACUAAUAUAAGUGUUAUAUAUUCAUAUUUAUGUAUCAAUUCAAUUCCUUUGGCGAUAUAACCUCCGGUGAUGAUUAUAGUGUGAGGUACAUGCCAACCUGUUCAUUUAGUCUAGCCUACUUUAUAAAAGGUUUGGUGCUUAAUUUCUUCCCCC